AUGUCUAUUUUCAGUUUGCUGGGUGUUAAGAAAGGAGCUUCAAAAGAAGAAGUCCGAAUGAAGUAUUUGAAGAGAUUACUCCUGAUACAUCCAGACAGAAGCAAGGGAGAUAUAAACGAGUAUAUAAAGUUAAGAGAAUCUUACGAGAAAUAUGAAAGAGGAGAAGAAUAUGAGGAGGUUCCUUAUUUUGUUUGUAACAGAGACGACAUCGGGUCUAUUGUGUGCAGGUGUGGAGGAAAAUACAAAGUACUCAAUGAAGAGAAUUCCAGGGUGGAAUGCGAAUUUUGUUCAUGCUUUAUAGAGAUAGAAGAUUUUUUGAGAUUGCCAGCUCCAGACAAAUAG